AUGUAUGAUCGCUUCACUUUACUGACUCGUCGCUACCCCAUCAGUUCUCCCCCGAACUCAAAGCGUAUCAAGACCUCGGCCACCACCAGCGCUCCGCCUCACAUGCUCGCUCAACAACAAAUCCAUCCUUUUCAUCGUGUGCCGACCUUCGAAGGCAUUCCCAUCCCUACUGCGCCGAUACCUACUCAACAAUCGCACGGGACGUCGCGCAAGCGCCCACCUUCUCCCGCGACAGGAUCGUCCAUGAUGGCUGCCCCCGUGAAUCCGGCGGGCGGCGCGAUCGAGGGCGACCCGAACGCUUUCCCCCAAGUCGAGUCCACGCCCAAGAAAAAGGGGCGGACGAAUACUCCGUGGACUGCCGAGGAGGAGCAACGGCUUAAGACUAUGCGCGACGCAGGCCGAAGCUGGUCCGAAAUCGCAAAGACUUUCCCAACCCGUACCGAGGGAAGUGUCAAGAAACACUGGUACAAGGACAUGCACUACGCCGAAUUCGCCGAAGAUGAGUCUAUGAAACUUCGGGAAGCCAUCAAGGAGUAUGAGGCAAACAAGUGGAAGGUAAUCGGUCAGAAAGUCGGCAAGCCAGCCAAAGCCUGCGAACAAUAUGCCAAAGAGCAUUUCAAGAACGUCUGA